UUUUAAAGGCUAGUAACUUUCAGGGCUUUUUUUCUGUCAAGUGUCAAUUGCUAAGAAGUCUGAAGUAUACCUAUUGCCUACCGAAGUUGAAGAACGAAUAUUCGCGUUGACUGCCCAGAGUCCGCGAAUCAAACAUUCAACGCUACUAAUAAGUUAUUACUUCGUGUUAAAUAAUAGAGUUUAUUACUUUCAGACUAUCAGGAUGGCACAAACGCUUACACUAGGUGACUCAUGCGCCCCGAUAACUUGUCAUGCGUGGAAUAAGGAAAGAAAUCAAAUCGCUUUUUCUCCCAAUAACAAUGAAGUGCAUAUUUACCAGAAGGAGGGAAAUGAAUGGAAGCAAACUAAUAAUCUGGUGGAACAUGAUAUGAGGGUCAUGGGAAUAGACUGGGCUCCGAAUACUAACAGGAUUGUAACAUGCUCUGUGGACCGUAAUGCUUAUGUCUGGACCCAAAGUGAAGAUGGGAAGUGGACUACUACCCUGGUGUUGUUGCGUAUAAACAGAGCAGCAACAUGUGUUAAAUGGUCUCCGAUGGAAAACAAAUUUGCAGUUGGCUCUGGAGCUCGCCUGAUAUCCAUUUGCUAUUUUGAAAAGGAAAAUAAUUGGUGGGUCUCUAAACAUAUUAAAAAACCAAUUCGCUCAACUGUUACCACUUUAGAUUGGCAUCCAAAUAAUAUUCUAUUGGUUGCUGGCUCGACUGAUUUUAAAGUAAGAGUUUUUUCCGCCUAUAUUAAGGAUAUUGAGGAUCAACCUGGACCUAAUGUCUGGGGGUCUAAGUUGCCUCUAGGUCAAUUAUUGGCCGAGUUUCCAUCUGCUGGAAAUGGAUGGGUGCAUAGUGUUUCCUUUUCUGCUGAUGGCAACAAAGUUGCUUGGGUGGGUCAUGACAGCUCUAUAAAUGUAGCCGACGCUUCUAAUGGAAGGGCUGUUAUCAAGCAUAGGACUGAAUAUCUACCAUUCCUAGGAUGCAUUUGGAUCUCAAAUAAUUCUUUGGUAGUGGCAGGCCAUAGCUGCAUUCCAUUACUGUACUGCCAUGACGGAGGGGAGAUUAAGUUUGUUGCAAAGUUGGACAAUACUCAGAGGAAAGAGUCUGGUGGUUUAUCUGCUAUGAAGAAGUUCCAGUCGUUGGAUAGACAAGCUCGUAUUGAAACCAAUGAUACCUAUUUGGACUCCAUACAUCAAAAUGCUAUAACCAGUAUUAAUUUGUACGAGGGUACCAAGGCUAAUGCUGUCAAGUUCAGUACUUCUGGUCUAGACGGUCAGCUGGUCGUUUGGGAUUUGGUCUCCCUCGAGAAGUCCAUUGAAUCCCUGAAGAUUUUCUAAUCAAAGGCAUUUUUCUAAAUGUAUUAUUAUAUUUAUUUAUAAGUGAUAAUAUAAUCAGUUUUGCUUGUGAGUCCUGAAAUCACUCAUUAACUAAAGGAAUAAAUAUGGAAAGCUGUGAGCAACAUCACAAUCACAGUUUGAUCAGUCUAGCCGGAAAAGAAAUACAAGCGAGCAGCAGUGAGUGAAUUCAGUUCCCAUUAUUGUAAAAACCUCAAAUAUACAGAAUAAACUAUAAUUUUACGUACAA